GGAGAAGGAGAAGGAGAAGGAGAAGGAGAAGGAGAAGGAGAAGGAGAAGGAGGAAGAUUGAGAAACGAAGCGCGCGGAUUAUGUGGAGGAAAAAGUGACGCUUCGCGCGCCAAAUACCACUGGGAGGAGAGAUACAUCUUGUCGAAGUUGAGCUUCGUAGAGGUGCUUCGCUGCUGGAGAGAAAAUGUGGGAACAAACGAUGAAAGACUGCACAGAUGGAGCAGUGAAUAUAGACAAGAAGCAACAGGUGGACUCUCAGGGAGAUUCUGGCUUCUUAUCGGGUAGUAAUUUGGUAAGCUCCGAACUGGAUAUAGAGGUGGAGGAUGAGGAAAGGACGGACGAGCAGACUACCAUUAAGAUAGCACCGGAACCGGUGAGAGCCAUCGACAGUGGCUUGGAUCUUGGGCUCAGUAAUACAUUGAGUCAGUUAUCUAUCAAAGGGGAAAGCCUGAACCCCCUCGACAGUGGCACCAUUCACCCGGAUAGCGAAGAAUUGGCAGCUGGAGAGGUUAAGAACGAAGAUUCCCAAGAACCAUGGGAGAUUUAUUAUACCCAAGACGACGAUGGCGAUACGCAAUUGCAUAUUUCAAUAAUUCAGGGAUUCCUCGAGGCAGCCUUUUUCCUCGUUAGUAUGGCACCGCACCCUUGCCUUCUCAAUAUUUUGAACGACGAUGCUCAAGCAGCGUUACAUCUUGCGGUAUUGACUCAGCAGCCAAGAAUCGUACGUCGAUUAGUUUUAGCCGGAGCUGAUCUUACGGUCAGAAAUUUUAGAGGAAAUACGCCGCUUCAUCUUGCCUGCAUUUCUGGUGAUAUAUACUGCGUUAAAGCUCUAACCAAUCAGUUUACACCAGCCGAACGAACGUGGUUGGAACCAGGAAAGAAAUUACCAUCGCUGCCACAAAAUUUGGAACAAAGAAAUUACGACGGUGAGAUGUGCCUGCACAUAGCCGCGGCCAAGGGUCACGUGGAGCUCGUGCGACACCUACUGCAGCUUGGCGCGAACGUCGAGGCGCGCGAGGGUCUCGGGGGUCGUACGGCUCUGCAUCUCGCCGUCGAGCACCGACGUCGAGAGGUCGUGCACCUGAUUCUCAACGAGUGCCGGCCCCAGCUUGAAGCGCGCACCUACGCCGGCCUUACGGCAUACCACCUCGCCCGCUGCCUCGACCAGCAGCUCGCGAUGGAGCUCGCGAGGUACGGAGCUUCGCCCUCGACGCCGCCCGACCUCGUCAGCGACACCGAGAGCGACGAGGACGAGGACGAGGAGGAGGAGGACGGCAACGGAGGCGGUGGCGGCGGCGGCGGCGGCGGCGGGAUCGGGGGCCGAGAGGACAGCGCAGCCUACCGAAUGGCUCUCGCACGCUUCAACCUCGCGUCCAAGAACGUCACCGCCAUCGCCAGCGCCUAA